AUGAGCGCCACUCAGUCCCCCUUGUUCCGUCAUCGCCAACUCGCACCAUCCGCCUCCGUCCGCGUAUCCCCACUAUGCCUCGGUACCAUGACCUUCGGCAACGUCCAGCAAGCCCGCUACGGCGACUGCACCCGCGAAGACGCCUUCGAGAUACUCGACUAUUUCGUCAGCCAAGGGGGCAAUUUCAUCGACACGGCCAGCGGCUACCAAGCAGGCCAAUCCGAGAUUCUGCUUGGUGAAUGGAUGACUGCCCGCGAUAACCGAGACGAGAUUGUUCUCGCCACCAAAUACACAAUAGGCUAUAUGGGUCACCAUAAGGACAAGAUCCAGUCGAAUUACGGAGGAACAGGCGCCAAGUCCAUGAAAGUCAGCGUGGAACACUCGUUGCGCAAGCUCCAAACUACCUAUAUUGACUUGCUCUACGUGCAUUUGUGGGAUUAUACGACCUCGAUCCCGGAGUUGAUGCACGCGCUCGAUGAUCUAGUGAAGGCGGGGAAGGUCGUGUAUUUGGGUAUUUCGGAUACCCCGGCGUGGGUUGUCUCCAAGGCGAAUCAAUAUGCUCGUGAUCAUGGAAUGCGGCAGUUUGCGGUGUAUCAGGGGAUGUGGAAUGCUGGGAUGAGGGAUUUUGAGAGGGAGAUUAUUCCUAUGUGUCGGGAUGAAGGGAUGGCGUUGUGUCCGUAUGGAGUGUUGAAUCAGGGGCGGUUUCGCACCGAGGCCGGGUUUAAGGAGCGUGAGGAGGAUAAUCCGGGGAGGAAUUUUAUUCCUACUUCGGAACAUGAUAGGCGGGUGUCGAAGGUGUUGGAGGAUGUUGCGGGUACAAAAGGGGUUGAUUUGCUUCAUGUUGCGUUGGCGUAUGUGAUGCAUAAGGCGCCUUAUGUGUUUCCUAUUGUGGGUGGGAGGAAGGUGGAGCAUCUCAAGGGGAGUAUUGAGGGUUUGAAGGUUGCGUUGACUGAUGCGGAGAUGGUGAAGAUUGAAGAGGCAUAUGGGUUCGAUUAUGGCUUUCCUCAUACCUUUCUUAGUGGGUCGUUGUUUGAUAAUAGCACCCCGAGAAUGGCCAAUGGGCCUGGUGAUGUGUGGUGGACCAAGCAUCUGGGGACUUUUGAUUGGGUCUCUCCGCUGGCGCCGCUUAAGCCAGCUGUUGAGGAUUCUGGUAAUUGA